CCGGAGGAGGGCACGUCGGCUCUUCGGCGAGGAUGGGAGUCCCCGGCACCCGCUGUUGAGCCAGAGCUCGGCGAACCGGGCGCACUGGAGGAAGGCGAGCUUGCUGUUCCUCCGGGAGCCCAACACCGUUCCCGCGUGGCCAUCAUGAUCCCCCCGAGCGAUGCCCGCGAGGACAGCGUGGACGGGCUGCCCAAGGAGCCUGCGAGCGCACAGCAGCCACCGCCGUCUCCUGCGUCCACCAGCAGCCAGGAAUCCAAGCUCCAGAAACUAAAACGAUCACUUUCUUUCAAGACCAAGAGUUUACGCAGCAAAAGUGCCGACAACUUCUUCCAGCAAACCAACAGCGAUGUGAAGCUGCAGGCGGAUGUGUUGAACGAGGUCAGCCCCAGCUCCAGCCCGCUGCCUGCUCUGGGAAGUCUCUCCUCCCCUCCCACCAGGGCAGGCCUGCACCCAAGCAGCGGAAAGGCCCAUGCCUUCCAGGAGCACAUCUUCAAGAAGCCCACUUUCUGUGAUGUCUGCAACCACAUGAUCGUGGGAACCAAUGCUAAGCAUGGACUACGCUGCAAAGCCUGUAAGAUGAGCAUCCACCACAAGUGCAUGGAUGGCCUGGUACCCCAGCGGUGCAUGGGCAAGCUGCCAAAGGGAUUUCGGCGUUACUACAGCUCCCCAUUGCUCAUCCAAGAGCAGUUUGGAUGCAUUAAAGAAGUUAUGCCCAUUGCCUGUGGCAAUAAGGUGGACCCUGUCUACGAGACCCUCCGCUUUGGCACCUCCCUGGCCCAGAGGAUGAAGAAGGGCAGUUCGGGCAGUGGCUCUGAAUCACCCCACAGAACCUCUACUUCUGACCUCGUGGAGGUUCCUGAAGAGGCUGACGGGCCAGCGUGCGGGUACGACCUGAGACAACGCAGCAACAGUGUGUUUACAUAUCCAGAAAACGGCACCGAUGAUUUCAGAGACCAAGCAAAGAACAUUAACCACCAGGGACCUCUCUCCAAAGACCCAUUACAGAUGAACACCUAUGUUGCCUUGUACAAGUUUGUACCACAGGAGAAUGAAGAUUUGGAAAUGAGGCCAGGAGACAUGAUUACUCUUCUAGAGGAUUCCAAUGAAGAUUGGUGGAAAGGGAAGAUUGAAGAUAGAAUUGGCUUCUUCCCAGCUAACUUUGUUCAGAGAGUACAACAGAAUGAGAAGAUUUUUAGAUGUGUCAGAACAUUCAUCGGGUGUAAGGAACAGGGGCAGAUAACCCUGAAAGAGAAUCAGAUCUGCGUGUCUUCUGAAGAUGAGCAAGAUGGCUUCGUGAGGGUCCUCAGUGGGAAGAAGAGAGGCCUUGUCCCCCUCGAUGUCCUAGAAAACAUCUGA